AUGAAUGCCCACCCCAAGGAGAUGGUGCCCCUUGUGGGCAGAAGAGCUGUCCCCAGCGGGAACCCCGCCAUCUUGCAGGACAAGAGGACAGCAGAGCUCACUCCCACCAAGAAGAGUGCAUACUUCUUCCUGGAGAUAGAAGGGUUCGAGCCCAACCCUACUAUCGCCAAGACAUCUCCCCCGGUCUUCUCCAAGCCCAUGGACUCCAACAUCCGGCAGUGCAUCUCUGGCUGUGAUGACAUGGACUCCCCACAAUCUCCUCAAGAUGACGUGACAGAGACCCCAUCCAAUCCCAACAGCCCCAGUGUAAACCUGGCCAAGGAAGAGCAGAGGCGAAAAAAGAAGCGGCUGAAGAAAUGCAUCUUUGCGGCUGUGUCCGAGGGCAGCGUGGAGGAGCUGCUGGAGCUGCUGGUGGAGCUGCAGGAGCUUUGCAAACGGCGCCGUGGCUUAGAUGUGCCUGAUUUCCUCAUGCACAAGCUGACAGCCUCCGACACAGGGAAGACCUGCCUGAUGAAGGCCUUGUUAAACAUUAACCCCAACACCAAGGAGAUUGUGCGGAUCCUGCUGGCCUUUGCAGAGGAGAAUGGCAUCCUGGAGAGGUUCAUCAAUGCCGAGUACACAGAGGAGGCCUACGAAGGGCAGACCGCGCUGAACAUCGCCAUCGAGCGGCGGCAGGGAGACAUCACGGCCGUGCUCAUCGCCGCUGGCGCCGACGUCAACGCCCACGCCAAGGGGGUCUUCUUCAACCCCAAGUACCUGCACGAAGGCUUCUACUUCGGUGAGACACCCCUCGCCCUGGCAGCAUGCACCAAUCAGCCUGAGAUUGUGCAGCUGCUGAUGGAGAACGAGCAGACGGACAUCACCUCACAGGACUCACGGGGGAACAAUAUCCUCCACGCGCUGGUGACGGUGGCCGAGGACUUCAAGACGCAGAAUGACUUCGUGAAGCGCAUGUACGACAUGAUCCUGCUGAGGAGCGGCAACUGGCAGCUGGAGACCAUGCGCAACAAUGACGGCCUGACCCCGCUGCAGCUGGCCGCCAAGAUGGGCAAGGCCGAGAUCCUGAAGUACAUCCUCAGCCGUGAGAUCAAGGAGAAGUCGCUCCGGAGCCUAUCCAGAAAGUUCACUGACUGGGCCUAUGGGCCUGUGUCAUCCUCACUCUACGACCUCACCAACGUGGACACCACGACAGACAACUCAGUCCUGGAAAUCAUCGUUUACAACACCAACAUUGAUAACCGACACGAGAUGCUGACCCUGGAGCCCCUGCACACGCUGCUGCGGAUGAAGUGGAAAAAGUUCGCCCAGUACAUGUUCUUCCUGUCCUUCUGCUUUUAUUUCUUCUACAACAUCACCCUGACACUCGUCUCCUACUACCGUCCCCGGGAGGAGGAGGCUCUCCCACACCCCUUGGCUCUGACGCACAAGAUGGGGUGGCUGCAGCUCCUAGGAAGGAUGUUUGUGCUCAUCUGGGCCAUGUGCAUUUCUGUGAAAGAGGGAAUUGCCAUCUUCCUGCUGAGACCCUCGGAUUUGCAGUCCAUCCUCUCGGAUGCCUGGUUUCACUUCGUCUUUUUUGUCCAAGCAGUGCUUGUGAUACUGUCUGUCUUCUUGUACUUGUUUGCCUACAAAGAGUACCUCGCCUGCCUCGUGCUGGCCAUGGCCCUGGGCUGGGCGAACAUGCUCUACUACACGCGGGGAUUCCAGUCCAUGGGCAUGUACAGCGUCAUGAUCCAGAAGGUCAUUUUGCAUGAUGUCCUGAAGUUCUUGUUUGUAUAUAUCGUGUUUUUACUUGGAUUUGGAGUAGCCCUGGCCUCACUGAUUGAGAAGUGUUCCAAGGACAAGGAGGACUGCAGCUCCUAUGGCAGCUUCAGUGACGCGGUGCUGGAACUCUUCAAGCUCACCAUAGGCCUGGGCGAUCUGAACAUCCAGCAGAACUCCAAGUAUCCCAUCCUCUUCCUGUUCCUGCUCAUCACCUAUGUCAUCCUCACCUUCGUCCUCCUCCUUAACAUGCUUAUUGCCCUGAUGGGGGAGACAGUGGAGAACGUCUCCAAGGAGAGUGAACGCAUCUGGCGCCUCCAGAGAGCCAGGACGAUCUUGGAGUUUGAAAAACUGUUACCAGAGUGGCUGAGGAGCAGAUUCCGGAUGGGAGAGCUGUGUAAGGUGGCAGAGGAAGAUUUCCGACUGUGCUUACGGAUCAACGAGGUGAAGUGGACAGAAUGGAAAACACACGUCUCCUUUCUCAAUGAAGAUCCAGGGCCUGUGAGACGGACAGUGGAUUUCAACAAAAUUCAAGAUUCUUCCAGAAGCAACAGCAAAACCACCCUCAAUGCAUUUGAUGAAAUGGAUGAAUUUCCAGAAACUUCAGUGUAG